GUCUACUAACCAAAACCAAGAUCAAGUACAAUAUCGUAUUUGUGAUGUAAGUACUCUUUUGUGAAGUGACUUUGUGAAGUAUCCUUAUAAAUACUAAAAAGAGUAAGAGAAGUCUAGUGAUUAAAUACUCUUUAUUUAUAAUCAAUUAAAAAAGAAUUUUUAGUUGACAAGUUUUUCAUUGAAUAGUUGUUUAUAUUAUUGUGAUUUUGGAAUAUCCUAAAAAUGGACGAAGAUGAUCUAUUAAGACGGCGUGCAGCACGAAAUCAGCCAUUGAAUCCUAGAAGGAUGAUGGGCCAACUUAAAAAUCAUCCCGAAAAUAGUGCUUCUGCUGGAUUGCAACUAGCAACGAUCGUAUGUCGGAACCAAUCACCAAGAAAUAGAGCGCAACAUUUUAAAGAACAAAAACCGAAGCAUCCUUAUUUAAGAAACGACAGAAAAGUUAAUACGACUAAACAAAUGUUUUCAACGAAUAUGACAACCAAUAAUAACCGUCAGAACCGAGCUCAAAGCGAUCAUAAGAAAAUAAGGACAAUCGGAUUUUUAACAUUAGAAGCAUUGGUUAAAUCAGAUGUUAAAGAUAUACUUACAAACCUGAACGAUAAAAAGGAAGGAUUUUCGAAUCUUCUGCAAUCUCCAAUUGAACGACCUGAUGUAUACGUACUGGUUAUGGAAUUGUUAACAAAAAUUUGCGAAUCUUCUUUUCAUCAGUUGAAAUUGACGGUACUAUUAGAUGUUUGUAAUUCGCAGUUUAUUGCCAACUUACAAAAUUAUCUGUUGAAUUUACCGUAUGCUGAAAAAAAAUCUACCAACAAUAAAUACUGGAAAAAUGAAAUUGAAUUUUGGAAGAAUUUCAUAACAUUUUGUGAAUCUAUCAUAGCAUUGUCGCCAUCGACUGCAUUGAUUAAGUGUAGAUCUCUUAUUGAAGGAAGUUCUAAAUGUUGCUUAGAUGGGCUAAGAGAUAGACAUAACUUCACUUUACCUGAGGAAUACAGCUUGAAGUUAAUGCAACUUCGUGAGACAUUGACGGCGCAUGAGAUACAAAAAAAUGCGAAGGAACAACGAAAGCACGAACACUCUGCGGAUGAAGAACAAGAACCGCCGGAGAAUUUCAGGGAACUUAGCGUAGUGCCUCGCCGGGAAGAUUUGACCGAUGAACGUCCAUAUUUGAGAGCAAACUUGAUAUCGGGCAGUUACCGCGAUGUGGAACAUUAUCUUGAUGUACAAUUCAGACUACUCCGUGAAGAUUGCUUCGGACCUCUUCGCGAAGGAAUACUUCAGUUUAUGCGGGACCCUACCAAAAAGAAAUAUGACAAUAUACGGGUUAUUCAUAACGUAAGAUUUGUUGAGCCUUAUGUAUCGCCACAGAAAAUUGGUUCCAUUGUCGAAGUCGACGAUAACACAAAGAAAAGAUUUAAAAAGAUAAACUGGUCACAUAGCAGGCGAUUUAUUUAUGGAUCACUGGUUCUAUUUACCAAGGACAAAUGUAAAACAUUUAUUGUCGCGACGAUAAUCGACCGGGAUAUAAAAUACCUUGACAACGGAAAAAUUCCAGUGUCAAUUGUUGAUAUAAUCGACGUUGGAGAUAAUUUAUACGGAAAGCAAAAUUAUACGAUGAUAGAAAGUGAAGUUUAUUACGAACCAUAUUAUCAUAUUCUGAAAGCUUUACAGGAUCCGACAUUCCCUGAACAUGUAGCAAUGAAAAAAUAUAUCGUCGAUGUUAAUCCUGAACCUGCUCAUCCCGCGUAUUUGGAAGCAGACAAAACAUAUACCAUAAAACAAAAAAAUUUCACGAGCAUAAAAUUUAAUGUACUCGAUUUAAAUACGUGGCCAUCUAAUGAGCACUUAGGAUUCAAUCUAAGUCAGUAUGAAGCCUACAAAACCGCUUUGACUCGUGAGUUUGCUGUGAUUCAGGGUCCGCCGGGGACGGGCAAGACUUUCCUGGGUAUUAAAGUAGCACAAACAUUAUUAAAUAAUUUAGACAAACCUGGAUGCGUGUUACUCCUUGUGUGCUACACAAACCACGCUUUGGAUCAAUUUUUGGAAGGGCUUCUACCGGUUACCAAUUCGAUUGUAAGGAUCGGCGGUCAAUCUCGAAAUGAGGCAUUGGAAAAGUUUAAUUUAAACCAACGUAGGAAGAAAUUCGUGAGGCAAACUUCACAAAGUGCUUUCAGACUUUAUAGUGAGCAAAAAAAUGCUUUAAAACUGGACUUAUUGGAAUUACAAAGAGCUCAAAAUAAUAUUGAAUCCAUAAACGAGUCCAUAAUUAGUUACACUUGUAUGAAAGAAUAUGUUCCAGAAUGUGAAAUUCUUGGAGAUUUAUAUGAAACAACUCUUAAAAGUGAAAAAGACCCAUUAUCUUAUUGGUUAUUUGAGAACUUAGUAUACGACUUCGAAGAACCUAUUGUGUUCGAAGAUAUUCAGAAAGAUGAAUAUUCAAAUAAAGAAGUCAUAGAGGAUCAUGAUGACGCCAGAGAUCAAGUCAUCUUAGAUGACUUGGAAAUUGAUAACGAUAUUUUUAAUUCUAAUAUUCAGAAAGCGUUUUGUUUAAAAAACGCAGAAGCUAAACUUUUAUAUAGUACUAAACAGUAUCAAAACAUUCAUCCAAAUAAUUUCAUUCAUAAACGUAAAUUACACAAGGAUAUUGCUAUUUUAAGAGCCCGGAUAAAGAUUUUUAAUCAAAUGAAAAAAUAUGCUCUGCUAGGAUCGCAUGCGACACCAGUUGAUCUACGAAACCUUAAAAAUUUACCUACGGUUGAUCGGUGGGUGCUGUACUUUAGUUGGGCAAAAAGAGUUACAAACAAACUUAAAGAAGAUAUUAAACCCCUACAGGAGUCUAUCAAAAAUUCUAAUACCGCGUACGAGGAAUCAAGAAUGCUGCUAGACUUUCAGUUGUUGAAGAAUGUCAAAGUCAUCGGCAUGACAACAAGCGGCGCAGCAAGAUUAAGAAAGUUGCUACAGGUGUUAGCGCCACCGAUUGUUAUCGUGGAGGAAGCUGCAGAAGUAUUAGAACAGCAUAUUGUUACAUCGCUCACUAAAAAUUGUCAACAUCUAAUCCUCAUUGGCGACCACCAGCAGCUGCGGCCGUCAGCGGCGCACAUGCGGCUGGCCAAGCACUUCCACCUGGAGGUGUCGCUGUUCGAGCGCAUGAUCCUCAACGCCGUGCACAGCCGGCGCCUGUCCGUGCAGCACCGCAUGCGCCCGCGCAUCUCGGCACUCAUCGUGCCACACAUCUACGCGGAGCUGCUUGAUCACCCGUCCGUCGCCGACUACCCCGACGUACGCGGCGUCACCGACAACGUUUUCUUCUUCACGCACGAGUACCAGGAGGAGAAAGUUGAUGACAGUUCCAGUAAAAUGAACAAAAGAGAAGCGGACUUGACUCUUGGUUUGGCCAACUAUAUAAUGCAACAGGGUUACCGGCCAGAAGAGGUCACAAUUUUAGCCGCUUACGCCGGUCAAAUGUUUUAUUUGAGAAAACAAAGACCCUUGUAUGCCUAUCUGUCUAAAAUAAAAAUCACGGUUGUUGAUAAUUACCAGGGCGAAGAAUCAAAAAUUAUAUUACUGUCGCUUGUGAGAAAUAACGAUCAGAAAAAAAUUGGAUUUUUAGGAAUGAAAAACCGUAUCUGCGUUGCGUUAUCCAGAGCCAAGGAAGGUUUCUAUAUAUUCGGCAACGUUAAUAUUUUGAAAGAGAAUUCAGACUUGUGGACAAAAAUCGCUGAAACCUUGGAAAAACAGGGGUCAUUGGGGACAAGCAUACAGCUCAAAUGUGAAAAUCAUCCGGAACAAAUAACAACCAUUUCAUCUGCGAAAGACUUUCAGAAAGUUCCUGAAGGCGGCUGCCUCGUAAAGUGCAAUUACAACCUGCCCUGUCUUCAUGCUUGUCCACUAGUAUGUCACCCCUACGACCCAGGACAUGCUACUAUUGUAUGCCCGUUAAAAUGCGAAAGAAUUAUUUGUGAGCUGAAACACGUUUGUCCCUUGAUGUGCAAAAAAAAAUGUGAACCGUGCAAGCAAAUAAUGACGAAAACAUUACCGUGCGGGCAUAGUAAGGAAGUGUUCUGCUAUUUAAAUCCCCAAGAUCCAAAGAUAAAAUGUUUGACAUCCGUUUCUGUCAAAUUACCAAAAUGUGGACAUGAGGUAUAUAAAUCGUGUUAUAUGGAUCCGCUUAAAAUGUCGUGUCCAGUCCCGUGCGGGCUGCUCGUGGAGCGCUGCGGACACGCUUGCACGCGCAGCUGCCACGUGCAGGACGACCCCGACCAUGAACGUUAUAAAUGCACGAAGCCCUGUGUCAAAGCUAAUAAAGGCUGCACAAUGGAGCUGGAAGGCGAUCUCGGGGACCAUCAGUGCAGAAAGAAGUGCCAUGAACCAUGUGAUGAUUGUAACAUAGAAGUUCUAAAGAAAAGAUCGUCAUGCAAGCACAAGGAGCGCAUCAAGUGCUCCGAGAACGUGGAUAUGAAACCUUGCCGCAAGAAGUGCGCGCGAAUCAUGUCAUGUGGGCAUUUCUGUAUGAAGAAGUGCUUUGAAAACUGUGGAGACUGCAAAAUAAAGGUAAAAAAGACAAUUUUGGAGUGCGGUCACGAGGAAGAACUGGAGUGCAGCGUUGCAGCGACUCGCGCGCUGUGUGGGCAGAAGUGCGGACGACUCCUGCGCUGCGGGCACCGCUGUCAGCAGCGCUGUCGCGACGACUGCGACGCGGCACUCUGCACAGAAGUGGUCCCGCACGACUUCGACUCCCCCUGCGGACACAAAGUGCAGCUGCCUUGCAACGUUUAUUCCGCCGAAAAUGGUUCGCCGAGCCACGAGUCGCUAUUGAAGCAUUGCCGUGCAGUGUGCGGCGCGGAACUAGCGUGCGAACACACCUGUACGGGCGACUGCGCAAGCUGUCUGCGCGGACGCCUGCACCAGCCCUGCCAGCAGAUAUGCAAGCAGAUCAAUAUCUGUGGACAUGAUUGCGUGGAGCCGUGCAACCAGCUGUGCCCGCCCUGCAACAAAGUUUGCGAGAUGAAAUGCGUCCACGCACGCUGUCCGCGACCCUGCGGCGCGCCCUGCCUUCCCUGCAAAGAGCCGUGUACACGUGCGUGCGCGCACGGCAGAUGUUCGCGUCGCUGCGGCGAGCAGUGCUCGCGCAAGGGCUGCUCCCUCCCCUGUCCGCUGCGGCUCGCGUGCGGACACGCGUGUCGUGGUCUUUGCGGCGAGAAGUGUCCCGACAUCUGCAAGAUUUGCCGUCCAGACGACUUCCCUACCGACUUCCUGGGAGACGAAUUUCGUGAUGAAUCUUUAUUUAUCGUAUUAGAAGAUUGCGGUCACAUAAUGGAAUUUGAGGAUAUGGAACAUCUAAUGAAUUCAGAAUCCGAAUCUAUAUCUCUUCGUGCUUGCCCGUUUUGCCGCAAGCCCAUCAUAAACACGCCUCGUUACAAAGAUUUAGUCAAUUACAGAUUCAAAACUGAUAUAAAUCCUAUUAAAGAGCGUGUUUACGGCAAUCUACAAAAUAAUCUUGAAACCAAAAAUAUGUUACUUGAAAAGAUGAGUAAGUUUCAAGUGACUCACAAAAAUAUAUUAACAGACAUACAAUACUCAGAUUGGAAAAAAGCUUUUACAAAGUUGCAGAGUUUCGUCCUUAUAUAUAAAAAAAAGAAUUCACUAUUACAAUUGAAUAUGCAUUUUAUUUAUUUAAAUGUUCUGGAAAUGUUGUCAAACAUUUAUAAUAAUUUUAAAACAGCUAAAUUAACAGAGUUGCAUGACCACCUUCUUGAAAAUUUUUCUUUAAUAUGUUGCUUUCUUAUAAAAAACAUAAAUAAAAUUAGCCAACAACAGCAAAUGGACAUUCGUAAUGAAAUAAAACGCAUGAAUUCUAUCGUACAGCUUUCAAAACUCUUAAGCAGCAACUUUUACAAGUUUGAACCAAAAGUAAACGAAGCAAUGGAAGCUGCAAAAAAAAUGGUCCUCGUAAUUGGUAUUUUCAAAGAAGAUAAUGCCAUUAAAGCUCUAAAAAAGUUUCAAGAUGCUAUAAAAGUGUGUGGUAUAGUGACAAAGGCUGAACGUGAUAUGGUGGUUCAAGCUAUAGGUGCCAAAGCUGGGCAAUGGUACAAGUGUCCAAAUGGUCAUUACUAUAGCAUAAACCAAUGUGGGGGAGCCAUGGUUGAAAGCAAAUGCGUUGAAUGUAAAGCAUCUAUUGGAGGAACUAAUCAUACGUUGCUUAGUGAUAACGCGCACGCGCCUGAAAUUGAUAAUUCGAAAUUUCCAGCAUGGUCAGAAGAGGCUAACAAUAUGGCGAACUUUGAUUUCGAUAAUUAAUGGUAGUUUAUGUUUAUUCCAGGUACCAUUUGACAAUGUGUACUGCACACAAAUUUGUGUGUCUCUCAAGAUUAAAGAAUAUUAUAUGAGUAUUUUUGCAAUUAAUUGACAUUUAUAUGGAAUAUAUAAUAAUAUGUUCUUGACUAAAAUAUUAUUUUAGGAUCAUAAAGUAUGUUUUCUUGUAAGUGUAAUUUUCACACUUUAUUUCUUGCAUAGACCGCACUACGAUUUCACACUAUCAAACAAACAGUCGCACGUUUUUUUUUUCUUUUGGCUUAGACAAUAGAGCACUGGCUUGAAAUACAUUAUCUAAGAGGAAUGUAUCUGGCCAUAGAUUAUUUACUUGAUAUAUUGUAAUUUUUUUUAAUUUGACGUUUUUAAAUAUUGCUAAAUUUCAAUUCAAACUUUUAACUGCAUUUUUCUCUGUGUACACUAAUAUCGUAUGAUUUUGCAUAAUGUGUAUAAUGUCAAAAUACAACUAAUGAUAAGAUGAGAUCUUAACUGAAUAUUGACUCUAUUGUUUAUCGUAUAUUAUUGUAUAUCAGACAAACCGAUCACUACAAGACACGUUCCGAUAAUACUUUAAAAUUAUCUUCUUUAGCUAAAGUUGAAAUCGGCGAUCGUAAGAAAUUUCAUCCACUCUUUUUCACACACGUCACUAUUUCACUAUAGAGGUAGUAUUAUAAACAUUCAUACAAUACGUACAUUUUUAAAUAAAAUGACAUGUUCUUAAUAUAUUAUUUCUUUUCCUUAGAUGUUCUUAGCAAAAGUUACAAAUUGUCAUCAAACAUUGCUUAUUAAAGGCUAAAUAAAGUAAUUUUAAAACAUCAUUAAUGUAAUCGAAAAUACAAUAACUACGAAAAUAUAUUUUGAGAAAACGGGGUUCAAACUCAAUUUUUAAAUCGCUUUGUUAUUACCAAACUAUAUAAGUUAUGUUCAAAAUAGUUUUGUUUUAUGGAAAUAGCCAAGGUUUUAAUUUGCAUAUUAUAUUAAUGAUGAGUAAUUAAUAAUAUUAUAUAAUGUGUUAUAAUAUAAGAACAUAUUUCAUCAAAUUUUAUUAUUUUAGGUUAAAAACCAGUAAUUGGCUGGUUUAGUUUAACUUAUUAAUUUGUAUUAACCUUUUAAAGAUAAUUAAUUAAUGAAUACUAUUGUCAGCAGAAUUAAGGAGUUUUACACAUACUUAGUUGAAGCCUAAUAACGGCACCCUUAUUUGUAUUCGUGUCUCUUAUAAUAGACCUUUAACAUGGACUGGUAUCCCUAAUCAUUUUGUUCAAAUUUCGAUGAUGAUGAAAACGCACUUCAUAGGGCGUCAUUAACAUUUCCGAUUCCUAUUUUCGCUUUUUUCCGAUUCAUAAAUCUGCAACUUCAUAGGUAUCAAAAUUAAGAACAUUUUCAGUUAUUUCAUAACCAGUAACCAU